AUGACCGACUCCAACCCUGCGGUGGUCCUCGUUACCGGCGGUAGCGGCCUCGUUGGAAAAGGUAUCGAGCACAUUAUCAAUACCGAACCAGUGGGAUCGAGGUUCGGAAAGCGACCUAACGAGACAUGGAUCUUUGCAACCUCAUCAGAGGCGGAUUUGAGAGACCCCGAACAAACUCGCAAGCUAUUUGACAAGUACAAACCCACCCAUGUCAUCCAUCUCGCUGCGAUGGUCGGCGGCCUUUUCAAGAACAUGAAGUACAAGCUCACAUUCCUGCGAGACAAUGUCCUUAUGAACGAUAACGUCCUGCAUACCGCGUGUGAACGCAAGACCCAGAAGGUCAUCUCUUGCUUGUCGACCUGCGUGUUCCCCGAUAAAGUCGAAUAUCCUCUUGAUGAAACAAAAAUCCAUCUUGGACCCCCGCAUUCAAGUAACUUCGGCUAUGCGCACGCCAAGAGACUAGUAGAUGUGCAGAAUCACGCGUACAAGGAGGAGUUUGGGUGCAACUUUACUUCGGCUAUACCGACGAACGUGUUCGGUCCCCACGACAAUUUCGAUCUUGAGGGUGCCCAUGUCAUCCCGGCACUCAUCCACAAGUGCUAUCUUGCCAAGAAGAACAACACCCCAUUCAUAGUUGCCGGGACUGGGAAGCCACUCCGACAGUUCAUCUAUUCGUACGACCUCGCCAAACUGUUCAUAUGGCAGCUACGAGAGUAUGACGAUGUCGAGCCCGUGAUUCUCUCAGUCGGCGAAGACGAGGAAGUAAGUAUCAAGGACGUUGCCGAUGCCAUUGUAAAGGCCGUCGAUUUCAAGGGCGAAUAUGCCUUCGACACAACUCGUGCUGAUGGGCAGUUCCGUAAACCAGCCUCAAACAAGAAGCUGUUGGAACUCAUGGGCGGGUUUGAAUUCACUCCAUUUGACCAAGCACUCGCGGCCUCCGUUAAGUGGUUCUUGGACAAUUAUAAUAACGCCAGGACGGGGAACGUUUAG